AUGAGCGAUCAGGAGUUGGAAAAAGAGACCGUAGAGAAAGAUUCUCUACGGUCUUUGUCAAGUUCUCCUUUGGCGAGGCCUUCCAAACCUGUUGGAACGGCAAAGGACAGGACACCAGAACUGCAAACGGUGACUUCGGUACUCUCGCCGCCGUUUUCGCCCCGAAUUCGCGGGAGAUCACAUCGUCAGCCGGCUGACCCUGAGGAUUAUGCAUUAUCAUCUGAUUCUGAUGUUGGUUCGUUUAGCAGCAUUGGGUCAAGCUACUACCAGACAUCUCGGUUGGGAAUACGAUCCGAGGCAGCCAGAAGGAAAAGUGACAACAGUGUGCGAUCUGGCGAUUCGGUAGUGCAAACGGAUAGCGAUUAUGAGGCUGGAACGCCGAGACGGUCCCCGAGGGGACGAAAAGAGACGGAUACUCCGAGGGAUCGCAGAGGUAAAUCCGGUGGAAGUAGUUCCAGAAGACGGAUGUCAUCAAGAUCAAGAGUCAGAGACACAGAGAUGCCAGCUGAAGCAAAAAUUCUCAAAAACUUGCUUAUUUUGGAAGAGUCUUUGCGACAACAGGCUGCACAGCAGAAAGGACUGAGGAGGAAAUAUCUCGGGUUUUUCAUGGCGAUGGCCUUCACGCUCGUUUUUUGUGGCUAUCGAUUGUUGGUAGCACCUGAGCUCAUUGAUAGUGCAUUUUUGAAGGCGGUCCACCAGGUUUUGUUCCUGAUAACUGCCGUAACUUUGUUGCUCUUCUACCUCAGCGGGGAGUACCAUCGGACCGUUGUGCGGCCAAGGAGAUUCAUCACAUCCACCAAUAAAGGACUCAGACAACUAAAUGUGAGGAUCGUGAAGGUUAGGUCGCCUACUUCGGACAUUCUGCCGGAUCUAUCGAGAUGGACCUUGAGACAGUUUGCCAUGGCUACCCGGACCGGAAUCGACCUGGUCGGUCCAACUCGAAUUCCUGUAUUGCGCUCUGUGACGGCUUGGCUCAAGACAUUUGUCAGUACCAUGGAGUUGCGGUCACAGCCGCGGGUUGGUGCGACAGAACUGAAACUCGUGCUGAAUCCCAGGGUCUUCAACAUGGCCACCAGGGAGAUCUGGGAGUUGUAUAGAAACGAAUUUUGGGCUCGUGAGGGUGCCAGAAUGAGGCGCCAGCUGGAGAAAAGCAAAUAA